AUGUCCGAUGAGCAAAGACCGCAAAAUGAACCAGCCGUAGAGACAACUCCCACAGAGAUGGACGUGGAUACAGCUCCCACAGAGCCAGCCGUAGAGACAACUCCCACAGAGUUUAGUGAAUGGGAGCGCUCCUUGAUUCCUGAGCAGUGUUCGCGUAUGGUCAACGUCUUUGUGAACAAAACUUUUGACCAGUUCAGGAUUUUCAACAACUCUGACCCAUCAGCUCGCCAAGUGAGGCGAUCCGACCGUUUGCCGGUGGACAGUCAUCUGUCGGAGAUAGUCGACAGCUACCUGGUAGAGCAAGUGGAUGCAAGGGAGAGCAAAGGCGAGACUUGCGGCAACAUUGGUCACGUAUAUAUCAAAGAUCCGUCUAUCCGUUGGUCAGCAGAUGAAACCGCGCUGGUUCUCGGGGGCACCAUCAGUGGACACGAUUGGUCCAAGGAAGAGAAAGACAUAUCUAGCAUAGUAUAG